AUGAGUUUAGAGAGCAGUAUAUACGAAGAAAACAUGAUAAAUACAGAGAACAGAUUUGAGAGCCUAAAUGACCUUGAUGGGUGGGGUACGGAAUCAUGGAAAAUUCAAGAGAGGAAAAGAAAGAAAAAGAACAGUAGUGUAGAGUGUGACGAUUUCGCAAAACUUUCGACUGAUGAUAAAUUAACAGCAUUAUUUGAAGGCAUGAACAGAAAUUUUGAAAAACUAGAGUCCUUAGAAUCGAAACAAUCCCAGUACAUAUUGAACUUUACUAGAGUAAAUGAAAAAGCAUCUGUAGCAAACGAAAGAGUUACAUGGGUAGAACGAUGUCUAGCUGUGCAAAAUAAGAAACUUAAAAUGCUGUCAUACAAGUCACUGGAUAUUGAGGCAAGAAGCCGCCGAAAUAAUCUAAUAUUUUGGGGGUUGUCUGAAAACAACAGCAUUUCAUCUGCAGAAUUAAUCUCAAAUUUCCUAAGGGAUGAACUAGAUCUAAAUCCGCCAACAGAAAAUCCAAAUGUUAUAGAGAGAGCACAUAGACUAGGCUCUCCAAGAAAUCAAAAAUAUAGAAACAUGUCAGAUCCUAAAAGACCUUUGAUUGUAAAAUUCAAAGAUUAUGUUGACACAGAAAUUGUCCUGAAUAACGCUUACAAAUUAAAGGGGACCCCAUUCAGUAUAGAUAGAGACUAUCCUCAUGAAAUUGUAGAAGCUAGAAAAGAACUGUAUAGUACAACAGAAGCAAGGGAGGCUAGAUCAAGGCGUGAAAAAAUUGUCAUAAAGUACCCGGCCAAGUUAUACAUCAAUAACAAACUUGUACAUGAUAUGUUCCCGGAAUGGUUUGAAGUACUACAAGAGUCAAGGGUUUAUUCUUUCGAACCUAGUACCUCACAUACAACCACGCGUACAAAUACCAACGAUAUCCACAUGCCCAGUCAAAUAGAGUUGAUAGAUCAUACACACAAUGAAGUAUUCGACAGUACAGAAACAAACAAUACACAUAAAAUGGACCACGCCCCCACUUUACAAAUAGUAAACACAGCUGACAUUUCAUAUACAAGGUCAAGUUCAAUUACGCCACGUGCUAAAAAUACAUGUGAGGCUGGAACGGAAAAUAACUUACCUGUAAGCGAGGAAACAUCUCUCAAACAGUUGUUCAAAGUACCACGGCGCAGCAGAAGCAUAAAUAGAACAACAGCAGUCAAUUCCAACACAAAUAAUUCCAAAACAGCGAACAUUAAUCCGAAUAAAACACAAAGCACUCCGAAUCAACAAACUAUAAAACAGAAAGGCAGAAGUAGGUCGGUAUCUAAAAAUAGACCCCGUAAAAACCCAACUGCAAAUAAAGUCGAAACAUCAGAGGGGCCCGAAGUAGGGAACUCGUGUGAAUAG